CUGGAACACUGGUAGAUGGUAGAAAUGGUGACUUGAUACGUGCACAUCCUGAAGAUACAAGGUCAUGGACACAUCAUAAUGGAAUAUUUCCUGAGCGCAAUGAAUUCUACACUUCCAUAGACAGCAUGCCUGAAAUAAAACCUCCGUCGCGGAAAUCUGCCAUCCUUGUUAGUGACUUGACGAUGCAAGCAAGUAAAAGGAAUGCUGGAGUGCCGUCUGCUAUGGUUGCUAGGCAAUCACUGAAUGAUGAAGAAUUGAAAAUGCAUGUUUACAAGAAAACUCUGCAAGCUUUGAUAUAUCCGAUAUCAAGCACAACACCUCACAAUUUCUAUGUAUGGACAGCUACAUCUCCUACUUACUGCUUCGAAUGUGAGGGACUAUUGUGGGGCCUGGCUAGACAAGGUGUUCGCUGUACGGAAUGUGGAGUGAAAUGUCACGAGAAAUGCAAGGAUCUGCUCAAUGCUGACUGUUUACAAAGAGCUGCAGAGAAGAGUUCUAAGCAUGGUGCUGAAGAUAAAACACAUAACAUUAUAAAGGCAAUGAGAGAUCGAAUGAAACUGAGGGAACGUAAUAAACCAGAUAUAUUUGAACUCAUCAGCCAAGUGUUCAGUGUUGACAAGAAAUCACAUUCAGGUCACAUGAAAGCUGUCAAACAGAGUGUAUUAGAUGGUACUUCCAAGUGGUCAGCCAAAAUAGCAAUAACAGUAAUAUGUGCCCAAGGGUUAAUAGGAAAGGAUAAAACAGGAACCAGUGAUCCCUAUGUUACAGUACAAGUUGGUAAAGUGAAGAAAAGAACUAAAACUGUUCCUCAAGAUCUAAAUCCAGAAUGGCAUGAAAAAUUCUAUUUUGAAUGUCACAAUUCAUCUGACAGAAUUAAAGUCAGGGUCUGGGAUGAGGAUAAUGAUUUAAAAUCAAAGUUACGACAAAAACUGACGAGGGAAUCUGACGACUUUCUAGGUCAGACUAUCAUCGAGGUUCGCACGUUAAGCGGUGAAAUGGACGUGUGGUAUAACCUUGAAAAGAGAACAGACAAGUCAGCUGUUUCUGGUGCUAUUCGUUUACACAUAAGUGUUGAAAUUAAGGGAGAGGAGAAAGUUGCCCCAUACCAUGUGCAAUAUACCUGUUUACAUGAGAACUUAUUUCAUUUCCUGUGUGAGCAAUCAGGUGGAACAGUGAAGUUGCCGGAGACGUCAGGGGUAAAGCCAAAAUUAGGAAGUGAAAGUGAAACGGAUGAGGCUUGGAAAACUUAUUUUGAUGAACCUGCGCAAGAAAUAGUGGAUGAGUUUGCAAUGCGUUAUGGGAUAGAAUCAAUAUACCAAGCUAUGACGCAUUUUUCAUGUUUAUCCACUAAGUACAUGUGUCCUGGAGUGCCUGCGGUGAUGAGUACGUUACUAGCAAACAUUAAUGCCUUUUAUGCACACACUACCGCUACCACUGCGGCCGUGUCAGCUAGUGAUAGGUUUGCAGCCUCGAAUUUUGGUAAAGAGAAGUUUGUUAAGUUGCUGGAUCAGUUACAUAACUCAUUGAGGAUUGAUUUAUCAAUGUAUAGGAAUAAUUUCCCGGCAUCUGAUCCAACUCGCCUACAAGACCUGAAAUCAACUGUAGAUCUUCUAACCAGUAUAACAUUCUUCAGAAUGAAGGUACAAGAGCUUACAAGUCCACCUCGGGCCAGUGCUGUUGUCAAAGACUGUGUGAUAGCCUGUAUGAAAUCCACUUAUCAAUUUCUGUUUGAUAACUGCUGCGACUUGUACCGACGUGAGUUCCAGGUAGAAACAAAAGAUGACCAGGAAAAUACAGAACAAGAUGGUCCUAGUACAAAGAACUUAGAUUUCUGGCAUAAAUUGAUAGCUCUUAUAGUUUCUGUGAUAGAGGAGGACCGUAACAGUUACACGCCAGUACUGAACCAGUUCCCGCAGGAUUUAAACGUAGGUCAGGUCAGUGCUGGUAUGAUGUGGGACCUGUUUGCCCAGGAUCUUAACUAUGCUCUCCAAGAACAUGAGAAGACAAAGACAUGUAAGAGUACAGAUUAUAUGAACUUACACUUUAAAGUGAAAUGGUUAUACAGUAAAUAUAUAGCAGAAAUACCACAAUUCAAAAACACUGUGCCAGAAUACCCUGCAUUGUUCGAGCCUUUUGUAAUGCAGUGGUUAAAUGAAAAUGAUGAUGUAUCCAUGGAUUAUCUCCACGGCGCUUAUGUACGCGAUAAACGAGAUGGCUUUCAAAAGAGUUCUGAGCAUGCACUGUUCUCAACGAGUGUAGUAGAUGUGUUUACUCAGUUAAACCAAUGUUUUGAUGUGAUACGUAAAUUGGAAUGUCCUGAUCCACAGAUGCUCAAAAGAUGUAUGGAACGAUUUGCUAAUACUGUAAACAAGGUGCUGGUAGCUUAUGCUGAUAUUGUCAGGAGAGAUUUCAAAGAAUAUACAGGUCAUCAAAAAGUGGCUUGUAUAUUAAUGAACAACAUCCAGCAAUUGAGGGUUCAGCUAGAAAAAGUGUUUGAAUCAAUGGGUGGAGAGAAGCUGGAUGUUGAAGCAGCAAAUAUUCUUAAAGAAUUGCAGCAGAAGUUAAAUAGUGUCCUAGAUGAGCUCAGUACAAUUUUUGCCAAAUCUCUGGAACCUCAGAUUCAGCAGAGUAUGCAGGAGUUAGGGGCCCUGCUGUCCAAGGUGAAGGGCGCAGGCCAGGUGUCACUGUCACAGCCCAGUCAGAGAACCAAUAUACAACAGGAGAGCGAUAUGGUCUUACGUCCACUCAUAGACCUAUUGGAUGGCAGCUUGUCAAUGUUUGCUCAAGUCUGUGAGAAGACAGUACUCAAACGCUUGCUCAAGGAACUAUGGAGGAUAGUAAUGUAUACAAUGGAGAAGACAGUGGUUCUGCCCCCACUAUCUGAUCCUAGACAGCUCCUUCCAUUGCCGGGCAGUGCUCAGGCCAAGAUAGAAGAUGUCUCUAGAUUGUUUCUCAACCAUGUUAGCCAAAUGCCUAUGAAUGUGCCCAUGAUUCAGGAUAUGUCAAAAGAAGCAGAGAAAAACCUGACACCAAAGCAAUGUGCCGUACUUGACAUGGCAUUGGAAGCAAUCAAGUUGUAUUUCCAUGCCGGCGGUCAGGGUCUGAAGAAGAAUUUCCUGGAGAAGAGUUCAGAGUUGCAGUCAUUACGCUAUGCUCUGUCCCUGUACACACAGACGACAGACACUUUGAUCAAAACUUUUGUUAAUUCACAAACAUCUCAGGAUCAGCCUAGUCAAACAGAGACGGUCGGUGAAGUCUCUAUACAGGUUGAUCUGUUUACACAUCCAGGUACAGGCGAGCAUAAAGUUACUGUCAAAGUUGUUGCGGCUAAUGAUUUGAAGUGGCAGACUACAGGCAUGUUCCGACCUUUUGUAGAGGUGAACAUGAUUGGACCACAUCUUAGUGAUAAGAAAAGGAAACAUUCUACAAAAUCUAAGAGCAACAAUUGGUCUCCAAAAUUCAAUGAAACAUUCCACUUUAUUUUGGGUAAUGAAGAUGAGCCAAGUUCUUACGAGCUUCACAUCUGUGUGAAGGACUAUUGUUUUGCACGUGAAGAUCGUCUUAUAGGUAUGGCGGUAAUGCAGUUACGAGACAUAGCUGAACAAGGAAGCUGUGCUUGUUGGUGCUCACUAGGUAAACGUUUACAACUCGACGAGACAGGCUGGACAAUUUUACGUAUUCUGUCGCAGAGGACAAAUGACGAAGUCGCGAAAGAGUUUGUAAAACUUAAGUCAGAGGUGCGCCACCUAGAGGAACACAUGAUGCAAAAGAAAUAGGCUCUUAUAUUAUGCAUUUUUCAUUCUAUUUUGAUGCAUUUUGUAAUAUACAUGUUUUUAUUCAAUUUUUAUUUCAUAUGUACAAUCACAUAUACAUAUAUGUAUAGAUAUUAAUGUGUAUUUUUCUUGUUUUUAUUUUUUUCCUGUAUAGUCUGUAUAGAAAGUUAAAGUGUUUAUUAUUUGGUAAAUUUGAUAUUUGGGCCAAAAAAAGGAAAAUGGUUGGUUAGCUAUUUGAAUUUGUAUUUUUAUUAGCUUCUUUAUUCAAAGAAUAGGGAAAGCUAUUUUACUCACCUGGCGUUGGAAUCACACCUUUGGUUGGUUAAGUUGGCAAAUGGGUGCCAUGUAUCACAAUAUAUCUCCAAAACUAUUAAAGGGAAUGGGUUAAAACUUCACACACUUGUUCUCUGUGGUAAUCUAACCAAGCACAUGUACUGUAACUCCAAGUUACCUUUUUACAGAGUUAUGCCCCUUUUCUUACUGUCAAGCAUUGGAAAUAGUCUUUCGGACAGCUCUUGUUUUUAAGGUAGGAUUGUAUUGUACAUGGUGAUGAAGUCCAACAAAAUAUCGAAGAAACUGUGAAAUAAUGAAGACAGAAAGCUAUGACAUAAUAUGUCAUGUAAUACAUAAAUUGUUUGAAACAAUGAUUCUCUGUAUGUCUCUGCUGUUAACAUGUAUUCAUAGAAUUGUUUGUACAUACAUAACUAAGGAUUUCAGAAGUAACUAAGGAUUUCAGGUGUACCAUUGUUUUGAAAAGUUACUAGGAAAUUAUUGAACUUUUGUGAAAUCAUUACAAGGCUUCAUGAAGUGGGUAUUAUAUAAGUUUAUAUUGUAUUUGGAGCUUUUAAUCUCUGAUGACUUUAAGGAUCUUGUCUGAUCUGUGUCAUACCAUUACUGAAACAAUUAAAUAUUACUUCAAUGUCAGCAAUUUUCAUCAUUAAUUUUGUGGCAUAACUGACUUUUUCAGUGUAAAAUAACAAAAUAUAAGAAUUAAAGUAUCAGAAAAAAAUAUUGUAUACAGAUUUUUAAGUAAACUAUAUUUUAAUCUAUUAUGGGGUAAAUUAUAAAAAGGUGAUGGACAAAUUUUUUUCUUUCACAGUUUUGUUACCUAGUUAUAAAUAUCAAAUACAUAAUACCUGUACCUUCAUAUAAAUUUAUGUGUUCAAUUGUUUAAAACAGAUCUGAUAGAAAUUUGAAAGAAUCUCUGAAAAAAGUCCAUUUUUUACAGUUGUUAAUUUGUUAUUAUUAAACAGUCUAAGUAGUUGUUUAUAUUUUUGUUGUUAUUUUUUUCCAAAUCAAAGUUCACUUUUUUGUAAGGUGUGUUUAUAGAACUAUUUAUCUAGAAGAAUUUAUAUAGAAAGUAUAUAUAUAUAUUAUAUUUACCUUAUUUAUUUAUCAAACAAAGCUUUAUUGCCAUUUAUUUAAAGACUUUCCUUGCAAUAUUUACUGCAUUUAUAUACAGUUUAUUUUUUCUAACUGGAAAUUAACUUUACUAUGUUGCAAUAUCUCAUGACAAAACAAUUUUAUAAUCUCAUUAUUAUAUUCAUAUUUUAUAUGAAAUAUCAUAUAUGAUUUUGGUAUACAUGAUAUAUCAUAUAUAGUAUGAUAUUUUUGUGUGAUAUAUGGUGGUAUAUGAUAUAUACUAUAUGAUAGAUUGAUGAUGUUGAUAUAUUACAAGAGGUGAUUGGGAAGUUUGUAGACUUGGCAUUUAACAUUCUUAUUAUUUGUCACAUUAAACUUGAAACAUAAAACAUUCAUCAACAAACAGGUAUGCAGUUGUAUUACAAACACAUUUAAUGUUAUUCUCUAAACCGCUAGUGUCCUUAGGAAUGUAUACCAUUAAACCUGGAGCAUGCCGAUUUUUUUGCAUUCUUUUUUUUCUAAUUGAUAAAUACUGCAUUCAAAUUGAUUUUUGUGCAUACUACUCAAGAAAAUAGUUUGCUGAUUCUGAUGUCAUUUUCUGAAGUUGUAAUCUUUAUUAGAUCUUUUGCUUGAAAGAUAUAAUCAUUUUAAAGACUUAUCACUAACAGAAAUUUCUAUGACAUAGCUAGUUGUGUGUAUUGUGUGCUCAGGAUACUCAUUACUGUGUUAUUGGACAUAACUUGUUUAGUGAUGAAUGUUUUUUCAGUUCAUAUUUAUUUAUCAUGGAAAAGUACAUUUUAUUUUCAUUUGUAAGGGAACUUCCUGGUCACCCCUUGUAUAUGUGAUAUAUAAUAAAUGAUUAUAUAUGAUACAUUAUAAUGGCUGGUAUUAUAUAUGAUAUAUAAUAAGUGGUGAUAUAUGAUAUAUAAUGGAUGGUGAUAUAUGAUAUAUAAUGAAUGAUUAUAUAUAACAUAUUAUCAUUAUAUAUGAUAUAUAAUGGAUGGUGAUAUAUGAUAUAUAAUGACUGAUUACAUAUAACAUAUUAUCAUUAUAUAUGAUAUAUAAUGGAUGAUGAUAUAUUAUAUAUGAUGUACUAUGGAUGGUAUAUACACAUGUUUUACAUACAAACAUAAACAAGCAUUUUAAUCAUUGUUAUUUUAUUUCCAGAUCUUCUUAAACAUUCCACAACUUGUAGUUUUCAUAUCCAGUGUCAGCCACCAGCUCUUAAUAGCAUAAACUAAAGAAUAUUAUAUGAAGUUUGUUUAAAAUUUUUCAUUGUUGUAUUUUAAUCAUUUUAUGGAUGACCAAAAUAUUGUAAACAAAAUUUUUCCUUUGAGGUCAAAAAGAAUCUGUUUAUAACUAUACAAAGUAUUUGGAGAAUAUUAGUAUGUUUGAAUGAAUAUGACUUAUAUUUCACUAGGGAUAGAGAAGUUUCAAUCAUGCUCAAAAACUAAAAGCACAAGUAAAACAUAAGAUAUUCUCACCUCUUUGUAAGGUAUAUUUCAUGUUCAUUUAAAACGGAAAACUUAUUUUAUUACAUAUUGAACAGUGAAUAUUUUGGGGCUGAAAUAUAAAAUUGCUUAAAUGAUAGUUUGUUGUAUACAUACUGUUACAACAACAACACAAACAACAUGUAAGUGCUGAGAUAAUUAGCUUACAUUAUUUGAUAUAACUGCUGUUUUAUCAUGUAUUGUUUUUGGCAGUUAUUUUUUUGUUAAUGAAAAAAAUGCAUAAUAAUUAAAUGCCAAAACGGGACUUCAAAAUGAAAAAAUAUUAUGUUAUGAAAUAAAUAGUUUAUAUUAAUUGAAAUUACCGUUUUUAUGUUGUAGAGUAUAAUUUUAUUUGUAUAUCUAGUUUUUUAAAACCUUCUAAAAUGAAGGUGAAUAUAUAUACAUACAUAUACAUGUAUAUGAUUUUCAUUUCUCUACACUUUUUAUCAGCUAAAUGUAGACAUAAAUGUGGUUUUUAUACUCUGUAGGAAUUCAAAUGAUUAAGACAACUUUGAAUUGAUGCUGUUCGACCAAAUGUUACCUUACUGGAAAUAAAUUUUUUGCGUGAUUAUUAUGAUCCUGGAUGUUUUAGCCAACUGAACUAACAGGUUUUAAUUAAUAUAGAUCCAGAGUUUGUGAUAUUUCCUGCAUUAAUUAUUUUGUAUGUAAACAAUAUAAGGGUUGUGACAAAUAAAACAAUUGAUACUAAUUUAACAUGACUUGUUAAAAAAGCAGUGGUAAAAUAAGAAUGUACCCUCGAACCUGUAACCUGUUGAAACAGAACAGUCAAUAGCCAGGUCAGCUUGUACAUCUGUGCAGUCUGUUUUGGUCUCUCUAUUGUCUAUAUAAGGUGGAAUCCAAUUUACAAAUUCAGUAGGUCAAGGUUAAUAAAGAAUGUGAAUUUUGAAAAUACACACAAAUGUAUGUUAUAAUGUUUCUUAGAUUGUGGACUAGAAGAAUUACUCUCUGCUAUAUUCGAGCUCACACACAAGUUUUUAUUCAACAUGGUGUUAUAAUGCUUAUCUGGGGAUUCAUAACUAUCAUACUGAACAGAUAAUUUUGUUGGCAAUAUUUUGCUAUUUUGUGUAAUAAAUGAACAAGUUGUUAAGUUUUUGUUUAAAAGUCUUGUAUUAUGCAUUUAUUGUUGGAUCUCUCUGAAUCCCUUUAUUUCUAUCUCAGGUUUACCUGUUUACCACUAUUGUGUUGUUUUCUUUAAAUCAGAAAUUUUCAUAUUUUUAGCUCACCUGUCACAAAGUGACAGGGUGAGCUUUUGUGAUCGCUUUUCGUCCGGCGUCCGUCCGUCGUCCGGCCGUCCGUCCGUCCGUCCGUAAACUUUUACUUUAAAUGACAUCUCCUCAUAAACCACUAAGCCAAUUUCAUCCAAACUUCACAGGAAUGUUCCUUUGGUGGUCACCUUUAUAAAUUGUUCAAAGAAUUUAAUUCCAUGCAGAACUCUGGUUGCCAUGGCAACCGAAAGAAAAAACUUUAAAUAUCUUCUUUUAAAAAACCGUAAGAGCUAGAGCUUAGAUAUUUGGCAUGAAACAUCUUCUAGUGAGUGUCUACCAAGUUUGUUCAAAUAAAAGCCCUGGGGUCAAAAUUGGCCCCGCCCCGGGGGGUCAUUGAUUUUCCCUAUAUACAUAUAGUAAAAACUUAAAAAAUCUUCUUUUAAAGAACCAAAAGAGUUAAAGCUAAGAUAUUUAGCAUGAAACAUGUUGUAAUAAGUGUCUACCAAGUUUGUUCAAAUAAAAGUCCUGGGGUCAAAAUUGGCCCCGCCCCGGGGGGUCAUUGAUUUUCCCUAUAUACAUAUAGUAAAAACUUAAAAAAUCUUCUUUUAAAAAACCAUAAGAGCUAGAGCUAAGAUAUUUGGCAUGAAACAUCUUCUAGUGAGUGUCUACCAAGUUUGUUCAAAUAAAAGCCCUGGGGUCAAAAUUGGCCCCGCCCCAGGGGGGUCAUUGAUUUUCCCUAUAUACAUAUAGUAAAAACUUAAAAAAUCUUCUUUUAAAGAACCAAAAGAGCUAGAGCUAAGAUAUUUAGCAUGAAACAUGUUCUAAUGGGUGUCUACCAAGUUUGUUCAAAUAAAAGCCCUAGGGUCAAAAUUGGCCCUGCCCCGGGAGGGUCAUUGAUUUUCCCUAUAUGCAUAUAGUAAAAACUUAAAAAAUCUUCUUUUAAAGAACUCAAAGAGCUAGAGCUAAGAUUUUUAGCAUGAAACAUGUUCUAAUAACUGUCUACCAAGUUUGUUCAAAUAAAAGCCCUGGGGUCAAAAUUGGCCCCGCCCCAGGGGGGUCAUUGAUUUUCCCUAUAUGCAUAUUGUAAAAACUUAAAAAAAUCUUCUUUUAAAGAACCAAAAGAGCUAGAGCUAAGAUAUUUAGCAUGAAACAUGUUCUAAUGGGUGUCUACCAAGUUUGUUCAAAUAAAAGCCCUGGGGUCAAAAUUGGCCCCGCCCUGGGGGGUCAUUGAUUUUCCCUAUAUGCAUAUAGUAAAAACUUAAAAAAUCUUCUUUUAAAGAACUCAAAGAGCUAUGGCUAAGAUAUUGAGCAUCAAACAUGUUCUAAUAGGUGUCUACCAAGUUUGUUCAAAUAAAAGCCCUGGGGUCAAAAUUGGCCCCACCCCAGGGGGUCAUUGAUUUUCCCUAUAUGCAUAUAGUAAAAACUUAAAAAAUCUUCUUUUAAAGAACCAAAAGAGUUAAAGCUAAGAUAUUUAGCAUGAAACAUGUUCUUAUAGGUGUCUACCAAGUUUGUUCAAAUAAAAGCCCUGGGGUCAAAAUUGGCCCCGCCCCGGGGGAUCAUUGAUUUUCCCUAUAUGCAUAUAGUAAAAACUUAAAAAAUCUUCUUUUAAAGAACUCAAAGAGCUAUGGCUAAGAUAUUUAGCAUCAAACAUGUUCUAAUAGGUGUCUACCAAGUUUGUUCAAAUAAAAGCCCUGGGGUCAAAAUUGGCACCGCCCCGGGGGUCAUUGAUUUUCCUUAUAUGUGUAUAGCAAAAACUUAAAAAAUCUUCUUUGAAAAAACCCAAAUAGCUAGAGUUAAGAUAUUAAGCAUGAAACAUCUUUUAGUGAGUGUCUACAAAGUUUGUUCAAAUAAAAGACCUGGGGUCAAAAUUGGCCCCGCCCCGGGGGUCAUUGAUUUUCUUUAUAUGUGUAUAGCAAAAACUUAAAAAUUUUCUUUGAAAAAACCCAAAUAGCUAGAGUUUAGAUAUUAAGCAUGAAACAUCUUCUAGUAAGUGUCUACAAAGUUUGUUCAAAUAAAAGCCCUGGGGUCAACUGGCCCGGCCCCAGGGGUGUCAUUGUUUUUAACUAUAUGUGUAUAGAGCUUAGAUGUUUAGCAUGAAACAUCUUCUUAUGGGUGUCUACCGAGUUUGUGCAAAUAAAAGCCCUUGGGUUAAAUUGGCCCUGCAACGUUGGGGGGGGGGGGGGGGGUGGCCUAUAUACAGGUGAGCGACCUCAGGGCCAUCAUGGCCCUCUUGUUUAUCAAUUACUGUUUGAUAAUCAUUUUGUUUGUUUUCAUUAAGCAAACCAAAACACAAAAAAAAGUUAGUUUUAUAACUAUAGUAUUUUCAUCAAUAAGUAGGACUACAAGAUCUUGGAUCCAAUUAAAAUAAGUUGUUGUCUUUUUUUCUGUGUAAUAUAUUUGAAGUGUAAUAUCCUGAUAAAUUUAUAUAUCACCUGCCCUUGCUUUAGUUUCUUAUGCUUAUAGAUGUUAUGUUAUAUAAAGUUUUAUAGUUUACAUUAUAGGUUGUGAAAUCCACUUUGUUAUUGUUAAUUGCAACUUAAAUCAUAUUGUUUAUACAGAUGUUGUUAUUAGGACUGUUUGUCAGUGGCUGGCAAUAUAUCACCUUUGGUUGGUUGACAUAAUUUAUAUUGUUUACUAUAUUAAUUAAAAUGGGGGUGUAGUGGGUCAGAUAUAGGGUUUAAAAUGAGGAAUUUGUGAACAAGUGGUUGAUAUCACUGACUGACUUACUUGUUGGUCAAUGCUGUAGCAGAAAGUCACUUUAUACAUAAUGCAUUAAGCUAUUUGACAUCAUUAAGUUAUUAAAUGGAACAAGUUAUUUAAUGGAACAAUUAGUGUUAUGAUCAAGGGGCACCUGUUGUUUUCUACCAGCUGUCAAGCUGAUAUAGUCCUAGAUAAUAAAAGUAUCUGUGUGAUGUAAACACAACUGGAAUGGGGUCUUACGGAUGAAAGUUUUGAAGAGAUAUUUUCAAAGUUUCGUAGUAAAACGUUCAAGUUGUUGUGUUACCAUAGAUAUCAAAGUUGUCUGGGAUAUACAUGUAUAUCAUUUAUAAUUCAGGUGAUAAUAGAAAGUGACAUAUAUAAAUAGGUGAUAUAUCUGUCUGUGCAUUGAUAUACAGUCCUACAUUUAAUAAUAUCUUAAGUUGUAUUAAUUUUUAUGUUAGAUUUACAUAAUGAAAUGUUUAAAAACUGUGUCUUUCUAUAGUUAAUUAAUUUAUGGUUAUAUUUAAUGAAUUGAUGAUGAUAAUUGUUUUUUUUACCUAUACAAUCAGUUGCAUGAAAUCCAAUCCAGAAAUGAUUUUAUUUAACUGCUUCUUACAAUCAACAAUGAUAUUUUGGUUUAUCAUACAGUAAUCACUGUUUACAUGAAAAUAAUUGCAAUAUAUUUUAAGAGCAUGAUUUUUUAAAUGGUACUCUGUCAUAUAGCUAUGAAAUCCAUCAGUAGUUUCCCAGGUCAAUGGUAAGAAUAAUACUUACCUUUGUGUUUUCCUCUUGUAAUUACUAAUAAGAUUUGUUUUUAUUUGGCUUAUAUUUUGCUGACAUAUUUUUAUUGUUCAAAUAAAUUAUUUAAUUAAUUUGCUUUACACAUCAUAUUCUACACACAGGUGUUGGGGUCCCAUUUCUAGAGCUUUAUAUUUAUAGUUUUAUUUUAUUAUUUGUUUUGGGUUAUUUUUUUUUGUUUUUUUUUUUCUGAAAUAUUAUUAUUAAAGGUUUAUGGUAUAUACAAUGUAUUUCAGUUGAAUAUUUGAGUUGUGAAACUUUAGAAAUCCAAACAUUUAUUUCUUAUAUACAUUUUGUUCCAGUAUUUAUUGCAUAUUA